GGCUGCCCAAAUGGACCAAAUCCAGCAGAUCCUAGAAGACCAUCUGCAACAGAUCCCAGACCCUCCUGCCUCGUCUACUUUACCGGAGCAAGGAAGACCAGAAACAGAUGCCGAUUUAGCAAGGUAUACAUCACUGCUGAAAGAAAUGGGCGAUAUCCAAGGCGUGGUGCCGCAGCAUACCGAGACUAUGAUCCAGCAGACUCCGCCGAUUUGGCGGGGGACGGCGAGUUAUCGGGGCGUCUCGGCAGUCGGCGAAGGAAAAGGUAAGAAAGAAGCGAGGCAUCGGGCGUCCAAGGAGGUGUAUUUACUAUUGCAUCGAUAGGCCAUGUUAGAAUCAACAUUGAGCGGUUUUUGUUUUCACGUUUUCACGCUUUGAUGCAUCUAUGCAUGCGAUAAGACCCCCGCAUCGAAUAGUAGUAUCUCUUGGCGGAAAAUUUUCACGACGGUCAAUUGACAACCCCCAAGGAACUGAACAGCGAGAAGAAGGGGGAACCAGAUAUUUGAAAUGUC